GAAAUAUAUAGUGUUUGUCCCCCCCGUUUAUUGAGUUUAAUGAUUUAAUAUGGCGGCCAAGAGUGCCAUAUAUGUCACAAUGGGUAUUAAAGAAAGAAAAUAAAUAUUUUAAAACAAGGACGUUCCCAUAAUAGACAUGUGACAUAUAUGUCACCCCGGGUAUUUAAGGGUUAAUAAUGAAAGUGAAAAUAUUUUGUUCAAAUGUAAUUGACAUUUCAAUGGUAUAUUUUUGUGGGACGCGGCACUAUAGACUCUCUGCUGUUCACUUUGACAACCAAAGGAAGAAAGAUUUUAAUGGCGAUCAAUGACAAUUAUUGUCGAUUAAUGUCAAUUGUCAAACAAACACUUGACAUUAUGAGCAUUGCUUGCCAUCUCAAUUUGCAAAUGUUUGACAAGUCGAACGUCCUGUCGCCGUCAUCAAUACACAGGAACUCGUUUGUGAUGUUUUCCUGGAAAACAUCAAAAUUUAGCAGUACUGAAAGUUUGCGUUUUCUAAGUUGAAAUCAACAAAACGUGAGAGAAUGUAAAAGUUUUGAAAUCAUAAUUGGAAACUCAAAGUUCGAAGUUUUUCAUUCAGAAGCCAUCAAUGUUUAAAUCUGAUGGACUGUGAAAGUGAAAGUAAAGUUAUUGACAUGGAAAUGUGUAGAUACUAAGAUUCUGAUGUAAAAUGGCUGAAGCAUUUCCAAAGAAGGAUGGUGUGCCAUUCGCUCGUGAAUAUCAAUUAGAGCUUCUUGAUGCAGCAAUAAAGCAGAAUAUCAUAAUUUGUCUUGGUACUGGUACAGGAAAAACUUUUAUAAGCAUUAAACUGAUCGAGUAUUGUUCUAGAAAAGAUGACAUACAACGACCUUUUUCUGAAGGAGCCAAGAGAACAUUCUUCCUUGUCGAGAAGGUUCCACUGGUCACGCAACAAGCAAAAGCCAUUCGAGAUUGCACUUCUUUAAAGGUAGAGGAAUUUUGUGGUGAAAUGGGUGUAGACUUUUGGGGAAAAGGAGAUUGGUUGAAAAAGUUUGAAGAAAAUCAUGUUCUAGUUAUGACAGCCCAAAUAUUCCUGGAUCUUAUUGAAUUUGCUAAACUCGAAUUAUCUCAAGUGAACUUGCUGGUUUUUGACGAAUGCCACCAUGCUGAUAAAAAUCAUCCUUUCAAAAAGAUUAUGAACUGUUUUGGCUGUGUUCCUUGCAAGGAUCAUCCUAAGAUCUUAGGAUUGACAGCAUCAGUUGUUGGAAAGAAAGUGAAACCUAGUCAGAUUAUACAUGAAAUACGGAAAUUGGAGUGUACAAUGAGGAGUAUCUGUAAGACUGCAAAGGAUUCUUUUGUUGUAGAGAAAUAUGGAGCAAAACCAAAAGAAUACAUGAAGCGUUACUCAUCUUCAACUGGGAAAAAUGAUCAUGUUGCUCUUUACUUGGAACAAGAAUUUUUGUCUGUUUUAAAACCUUUGGAAGAAUUCCUUUGUGACAUAAAAGUGGUUAAGGAGGUUACUGAGUCUGAGUUAGAAAAAUCUAUUGACCUUGCUAAAGGAGCAUUACGUAAUUGUAUAUCUGCCCUCGAGGAAGUUGGUGUUUGGGCAGCUCAUGAAGUUUCAUUGAUGGUUAUUGAUGACUUAGUGAAACACUGUAAACGCAUCAAAAACAGCUUGUCCCGAACCAAAUUUGCAUGUCUCAUUCUUGAAGCAACCAUCAGCAUUCUGCAAGAGCUUUGUUUGCUGUAUCAAGAGUUUUGCUUGGCCAAUGUGCAUGGAAACCAGAUAAUUAUCUUAGAGUAUUUAAAGCCAAAAGUCAAAGCUUUACUAGAAUUAUUGACAGAAGUCAAGCAUGGUCAAGACACGAUUUGCUUUAUCAUAUUCGUAGAAAAACGUUACACUGCCUGUGUUAUCAGCAAACUUAUCAAUACACUAGCAGAAUUGCAACCCAAUGUUUAUGAUAAAAUUUGUGCAGAUUUCAUCACCGGCCAUGGGUCGUCUGAUUUAAUUGGAAUGUCGUACACCGAGAUGAAUUUCAAGGAGCAGAAUGAGAAAUUGAAAAAGUUUCGCACAGGGGAAGUGAAUGUACUUGUGGGGACAAGUGUGGUUGAGGAGGGGGUCGAUGUUCCUAAGUGUAAUCUUGUCGUUAUGUUUGAUUUUCCUCAAAACUACCGAGCUUUCGUACAGUCACGUGGCCGUGGCAGAGCGAAAAAUGCAAAGUAUUUUAUGUUAGUUUCCGAUGAGAAAUUUGAAAUGCGAAAGCAAGAACAAGAGAUGUAUCUUAAAGUGGAUGAGUAUUUAUUAAAAAUAUGUCAACAAGAAGAUCGUGAUGAACCGACUGAGGAAGAGAUUUUUGAUGCUAUGAAUUUUGAUCCUAUUGAACCAGAAAUGAGUGAGAUAAAUGCUCAACUGAAUAUGGGAAAUAGCAUUUCUCGACUAUACAGGUACUGUUCCAAACUGCCUUGUGAUCGAUUUACUAAAUUGUCACCAAAGUUUUCCAUUCGUGAUAUUCCUGACGGUAAAUAUCAAUGUACAUUAAAGAUGCCUGGCAACAGUCACAUCACUCACAUAGUUACGGGAGAGCCAAUGUUAGGUAAGAAAGAAGCUCGACAAGCCGUUGCCCUAGAAGCGUGCAAAUUACUGUAUAAGCUUGGAGGUUUGGAUGAGCAUUUCCUACCGACAGCUGUCGAGAGUAGUUCCGAGAGUGAAACAGAUGACGUCGAUGGCAGUACAAAACAUAAGACUGGAACUAAAAAAAAUAAACGUUCUCAUCCCAUUAAGAGAUCUUCUCAAGUGUAUGAAUCGAGGUUGAUCGCAAAUAACAAGUCUGUUUAUGUUUAUGAAAUUAUUAUGUCGAUGAAACAACCUGUUUAUCAUAAAGCGAAAAAAUCUAUCUGGGAUCGAAAGAAUGUUACUCUUGGAAUAAUAACUAGUCGAAAAUUUCCACCUGAGUUACCAUCAUUUCCUAUAUACAGUGAUAUUAGUGAGUUAACAAUAUCCAUCAAAUAUCACCGCAAGGCUACGUUAACUAAGGAAAACCAUGAACUCACUGAUUGGUUUCAUCGUUUCCUCUUUGAGAAAACACUGAAAUUUUCUCUUCUUCCCACAAAACUUGGAUGUCGUGUAGUCUUACUGAAUCAAAAGUCGAACACAGGCCCCUCUCAUAUUGGCAUCGACUUUGAUGGAAUGAGGUCGUUGCAAGAGAGGGAGUCAAAUCGCCGGGAAAAGGAUUCCUCUGACACUGAUCUUUUGGAUUCGCUUUUUAACGAAGUUGAUUCCGUAGACAAAUCAAAUGAUUUCAUGGUUUUAUCUCAAACAGACUUAACACCCCAAAGUCCGUUUCCUAAUCUAGACAAGGCUUCAACAUUCCAAGAACACCAUGAAAAAAAACGCAAUGUUGUUAUUACUGAUCCUUUCCAGAAACUUAUUGAAGUGAUCCAUUUCAUUCGAAAGAUCGAUCAUCGGAAAAAUGUUCACGGUAGCAACACCCGGUCAAUGUUAGAAAAAAAGAAAAAGAAAAAAUAUAGGAUAUUUUUAAUUCCAGAAAUCUUAACUUGUCUACCCACUCCUCUGUCAUUAGCUUUGCGCGCAGUUUUGCUACCUGUCAUAUUAUACCGAGUGGAUAGUCUCAUUUUGAUGCUUGAGCUUCGUAGUACUGUAUACUCUGAGUUGCCGAUAUGUGAGGUCGGUUAUUUGGAAUCUCCACGAAAGAGAAAGAGAAUUUCUUCAGAAUCUUUAUUUUCCGCUGGUGAAUUGAAAUCAAAGCUACCAGAAUAUUUCUCUGAUCCUUAUAGCGUCGAUACUUUGCCAAUACGUCUUAUGCUGGAGGCCGUGACGUGUGCAAAGUCCGGGGAAGAUUUUGACUUGGAACGGUUGGAAAUGCUUGGAGAUUCUUUCCUUAAAAUGGCCGUUAGUAUUCACGUCUACUGGCAUAAAGAUCACAAAGACGAGGGAAAAUUGACGAAAUAUCGCGCACGGCAAAUUUCAAACAAAAAUUUAUUUAAACUCGCUUGUGAAAAAGGUCUGCAGAAAUACGUAAAAUCUCGCACGAUUACUAAAGAAACAUGGCUGCCCCCCGGUUUUACAAGUCGGAAAGAAGAAAACAGCAAUUCCUUUUCCGACGAUGAUAUUAUUGAAGAACAGAUGAUCUCGGAUAAAAGUAUUGCUGAUAGUAUGGAGGCGCUAAUUGGGGCACAUCUAGUCCAUUGUGGAUAUAUUGGGGCACUUCAAUUUAUGACUUGGUUAGGUGUUGAGGCUUUUUGUGAAAAUAAUGAGGAAAGUGAUCAAUUGACGAAUGGGAAUCGUAGAAAGUCGCCUGUACUUCAAAAACGUUCAAAGUAUGCGAACUAUCCCCUACCAAACCUUGAGAUUCCUUUGGAUGAAGAAAAAGUUCAGUAUGAACACAUACUAUCACAACAGACGAAGGAAAUGGCUUCUUUUGAAAAAAGUAUUGGAUAUGCUUUCGAGAACAAGGUAUUGUUACUGGAGGCGUUCACCCAUCCAACAUUUACAGAUAACACAAUCACUGGUUCAUAUCAACGUCUGGAAUUUCUUGGCGAUGCUGUUUUGGAUUUCCUCAUCACAACCCAUAUCUAUAACGCGUGUCAGGCUAAUCUCACUCCAGGUCAACUCACUGACUUGCGAUCUGCGCUUGUCAAUAACAAUAUCUUUGCUGCCAUUGCUGUGGAGAAUGAUUAUCAUAAAUUUGUCAAGGAAUAUUCACCUGUACUAUUCAACUCCAUUCGUCAUUUUGUCCGGGGUCUCGAGGAAUUUAAAAGUAACUUGUCCAAUGAAGAGGUGAUUCCUAAUCCAUUUGGCAUCCAGGUCCCCAAUGAUAUGGAUGACGUGGAAUGUAUAGAAGCACCAAAACCUCUUGGAGAUGUUUUUGAAUCUGUUGCUGGAGCAAUAUUCUUGGACAGCGGUCUUGACGUACAAAGAGUCUGGAGCGUAUGUCGUCCGAUGAUGAAAAAAUAUAUCGACGAAUAUUCAAAAAAUUUACCUAAGAAUCCGAUCAGACUUGUUAGAGAACAUGAUGAAAAUGCAACUUUUAGCUCUGCCAAAGUUAACAAAGAUUCUGAUAGAAUUUCUUGCAUUUUGACAAUGAAUGGAAUUCAAUACAAAGGAGUUGGAAGAAAUAAGCACAACGCCAAACUUUCUGCUGCUUGGAAAGCUUUAAAUACAACAGGAAACAAAAGAACGAAUGGUAGCCAAGGUACUCAAGUAAAUUAGCGUCGUAUUUGGGCAAAUUAGCAAUUUUUAAAGAAAUUUGAAUUUUAAAUUUGUAUUUUAGAGAUUAAUUAUAGAAUUUGGGAAGAUAUAAUAUGUAAUUAAGAAUUUUAACGCGAAAACGAACAAUACUACUGAUUUUGCACGCUUACAAUAUAGAAUUUAGAAUUUAGUUUAGUUAAUGAUAUUACCAAAUUAGAAGCAGUUUCUGUCAACUAAUUAAUUAAAGCAAUACUAGGUUAUUAUAAAUAA